GGGCUUCCCCGGGCAGCUGGUGCUGGGGGCUCUGCGGGGGGUCAUCCUGUGCUGCCUCCGGAGACUGCCCUGUUUCAGAAAACCAAAGAAAUGUACCACUCUGAAAACAAAGGACUGGUCCUAGGCAUCAUGGCAGGGGCUGCUGCUGCAAUAAGUUUCUUCCUGAUUUGGUAUCACAAGGUCCGAAAACCUUGGGCAUCUAUACAUUUGCCUGCAUUUCUGGAUUUCGACAACAGGUUUCAUUUUGUGGGCUUACAGAAUGAAACUCACAAUGAAUCGGGAACCGUAAUGACCUUACAUGGAAGACAGCUACAGGUACUGGAGAAAUUGAAUGGCCUAGUAAUUAGUGUGGAAGAACUGAAGAGAGAGAUAAAGUUUCUUAAAGAAGCUAUUCCAAAAUUGGAAGAGCUUGUUCGAGAUGAACUCCAAGGGAAGGCCAAUGCUCACAGAAUUAGCCCUUCACACAGAGCAACAAAAAAGAGAAAAGCAGAGACAGCUCGUGGUACACCAGACAACGCGAGCUCUGAGGAGGCAGAAAGUGAAGGAGGUUAUAUUACAGCUCACACUGACACUGAAGGAGAAUCUGAAGAAGAAAAGGGAUGGGUUAUUUCAUCUGGAGCCACUGUUGUGAGAUCAGAAGAAGAAACAAAAUUAACAAAUCUUCUACAGAAUGUGGACCAUUUGCAUGGUGGUUCAGUUGAUGAUAAAAAGAAGAGCUUCAGGCUGUUACUUGAGGAAAAGGAACAGUAUGGGAAACAUGCAAGGUUUCUUUGGAGACUUGCACGAGCUUACGGGGAUAUGUUCGAGAUGACUACUGAUGUUGAAGAAAAGAAGAAAUAUGUUGCAAAUGGAAAGAUUAGUGCUGGAAAAGCUAUUCAGUUGGAUGCCAUGAGUGCUGAAAGUCACCAGUGGUUUGCAGUUAUGUGUGGUUAUAUGUCUGAAUUUGAAAGUAUGCAAAACAAAAUCAAGAAUGGUUAUCUCUUUAAGGAACAUCUGGACAAAGCAAUCGAACUUAAGCCUCAAGAUCCCUUUUUAUAUUACCUAAAUGGAAGGUGGUGCUAUUCUGUAUCUCAGUUGUCUUGGAUUGAGAAAAAAGUAGCUGCAGCUCUUUUUGGAACUCCACCAACUUCAACAAUAGAGGAAGCCUUGCAGAAUUUCUUAAAGGCUGAAGAAAUGCAUCCUGGAUAUUCCAAAUAUAAUUAUGUCUAUUUGGCAAAGUGCUACAAGAAACUUGGCCAGAAAAGCAAUGCACUGAAGUACUGUGAUUCUGCACUGUCAGUUUUAUCAGUUACCAGUGAGGAUAGAGAGGCCCAGAAAGAUUUAGAAACUUUACUUCUAACACUGAAGCCAUGAUUAAAAGCACUUUUAAGUCUUCCUACUGUGAAGAUACUGUAGAAGAUCAAUGAGAAACUAGUCACAGGAGACUUUCAAAACUUGUUGAAGCCCAUGGAAUAACACUCAUUGAUUUCUGCGGGAUUUGGUUCGGGUCUUUAAGCAGUUAGGAUAUGCAAAUAAUGUUUUCCGACUUUUUGAAUCAUAGCUUUAUUUUUAAUUUUUGGAUCUAAGAUUUGUUUUAAAUGGUUAUUGCUGGAAGUUUAUUUUUCUUACCAUGAAGUCCACUGCUGGCAAUGGUCACCACAGAGGCUAGAAUACAAAAUGCAUUGAUCUGUGUUCUUUGAAGGAUCAGUUAAUCUGCAGCAUUAGCACAGAAUUGUGUGCAGCAUUAGCUGCUUUGUCUUUACAUUAAAUUAUAUUCUUGUCAACUGAUCUAUAUAAAUAUUUGUAAAUGUAAAUCAUGAAACAUAUUGUUAUAUGUGUGUUCCUCUGCUUUUACUCACAAAAAUAUGUAAUCUUAAUUACAUUAAGGAAAAAAAUAGUCCUAAAAAAUACUUUUUACAUUUAACCUAUUGGUGGCUUUCCUGGAAAUAUGAAAAAAUUACAGAUUGGGUAUUACAUUUGUAUAUUAUGUUAUUUGAAACCUCUGCCAGUAAAAUAUUAAAACCAGACCAGUGAAAUGAAGCAUUUUGGCUAAAUCUGUUCCAAUUUUGACAUGUCAGUCUGGAAAAAAAAAAUGUUUGAGCCCCAUCAGGUAUAUGAAUCCUGGGCAAGUCUCUUUACCAUCUUAGGGUGGUGUCAGAUGGUCUUUUGCAACCCUUCUCCUGUUUAUAACGAUUAUAGAUCUUUUAUGUGAGGUCUGUCCAACUUUGGUGCAGCUAGGCAGGGAUGGGCAAAAUGCAGCCAGGCCAUUCUGUCCAGUCUGCAGGGCCCCUAAAAAAAUUAGAAAAUGAAUAUUUAUCUGCCCUGGGCUGCCUGUCAUGCGGCCCUCGAUGGCUUGCCAAAACUCAGUAAGCGGCCCUCUGCCCAAAAUAAUUGUCUGCCCCUGAGCUAGGGGAUGAAUGUAAGAAGUGAUCAAGGGAAGUGAUUCUUCUGUUCUAUUUAGUACUGGUGAGGCCUCAUUUGGAGUAGUGAUUAUGAAUGAGGGUGGUUAAGCAGAGCAUUGGAACAGGCUACUCAGAGAAAGUAUAGAAUCUGCACUCUUUGAAACUUUCAAAAGCAGUUUGGACAGACACGUGGCUGGGAUGGUUUAGUCAGAGACGAUCCUGCUUUGAGCAGGGGGCUGAACUAUGAGAUUUCUUCCAGCCUUACCUUCCUAAGAUCCUAUAUGGUGCCUAUAUAUAGCCCUGGGGCCACGCACCAUGCAGGCUGCAUAAACAGUCCCCUACUUCCAGCACAUGGCCCCCCCUGCAGCCUAGGCAGUAGCACAUAGAUCCCCUGCUCCACCACCACAUGGCUCCCCCAGCCUCCGACACAUGGCAGCAAAAGGGGUGGCCACUGGGGCCCAUGAGCCGCAUAUUAACUGCAAACCUCCAAGUGGACAGUCCUGUUUUAUUUCAUGUAUCAAACCAGGAGUUUAUGGAGCAGCAGGUAUCUCAGACUUGUGUUCAUUUGGAAACUGAAUCAAGGCUUACUGAAGUUAGUAGAUUCCAAAUCCGUCAAAAAGCUUUAGAUCAGGAGUUUAAUCUGGAUUAAAGUAUAUAACCAGAACAAAGAAACAGUUUUUAUAAACGUUAAUUGAAACAAGUUAGGUGAAUGUAUAAAUCUUCUUUUAUCCUUUGUUUGGUUGGAAAAUGAGGUAAUGAGUACCAAUUGACUGAUAAAAGAGUAUAGAACUCUACAGCUUUUAAAACCAAUGGCAUACCCCACUCUGUUUCUGAAGUCUGUGGUAUUGCACAUACAGCUGCUGUGAUUUUGGCCCUCAGUUUAGGACUGAAUCCAGACCACACACCAGACUCACUAGUGCAGAACAUUUAUUAUCAUGUCACAAAACCAGCCCUCUAGAGAGUUUAGAAAUGCACAUUACCGCUACCUUUAACAACUUGGCUUAUUUUGUCAUGCAUGUGGAUUAAAUCUGUUCUUUAAAUUAAAACCAUUUCUUAUGAAAUUUUCACUUUAAAUUACAUUACCAAACUUCUUCAGAGCAGCUUUUCUAAACUAAAUCACUGUGCUGUUUUAAUUUUUUCACCAAUAUUAUUUGUCUGUAUGUAGAAAAAAAGGGUUUCAAAACUACAGUUGAAUACAGCUCAUUUAAGUAAUUGUUUGUGAUCUAUGAACUAUGGAAGUCUUUUGCACACCAUUUUAUUAAACAGUAAUUUUCUCCUUAAU